GAGAUUCGAUCUCAUAGAGUUCAAUUUCCGUGAUUAAUAUGAGCUCGAACCUCCCUUUGUAACUCCUGUACAGUUAUUAUAGUAUUAUUUUUGUAUGUAUGUGUAUAGUAAGAGGAAAACAGAAAAUGGCAGCGAACAAGUUUGCAACUAUGUUACACAAAAACACAAACAAGAUCACACUUAUUCUUAUCUAUGCUGUGUUGGAAUGGACUUUGAUAGUACUCCUUCUUGUUAACUCACUUUUUUCAUACUUGAUCAUCAAGUUUGCUGAAUAUUUUGGUCUAAAACAACCUUGUUUAUGGUGUUGUCGAGUUGAUCAUCUAUUCGAUCAUCAUCGGAAAAACAACAACAUACAUAGAGAUCUUCUUUGUGAGGCUCAUGCUAUUGAAGUUUCCAAGUUGAGUUAUUGCUCAAAGCAUCGAAAGUUAGCUGAAUCAAAGCAUAGGUGUGAGGAUUGUUUGCUUGAUAAUAAAUCCGCGUUGUUGUUUUCAUGGACGAAGGAUGUUAAGGAAAUGGCGUUGGAUAAGUGUUGUUGUUGCGAUGUGAGUUUGGAGAACAAGUUUUCAACACCUUAUAUCUUGAUCAACCCUUCUUGGGAUGAUUUGGAGUAUAGAAAGAAAGGGAAUUUGUUCAUUGAAAGCGAUGAUGAUCGUUUAGAAAAAGGCGAUGAUGAUGAUCACUUGGAUCAGAAGAGAUCAGAUGAACAUCAGUUCCUUUCUGAUUGUGAUCUUGAAAAGAUGGAAGAAAAAGUACAUGUAGUUCUUGAAGGAGUGACAGAAUACAUCGAAGAGAAGUACAAACAAAAGAUGAUGAAAAGUCAAGCUACUUGUGAGGCUGAGGCUCCUCAGCAUCUCGAAUUCUUCAUCGAUUGCAGUGGUCAUACGUUGGUUCCUAUCGAUUCGACAAAUGAGAGCGAUGAAAAUGAAGUUGUUGAAUGUAUGAAGAUUGUACAAGAUGAGAAUGAUUUAGUUUUCUACGGCGAAGAAUGUCAUUCGGAGAGAGAAGUUUACGGACAAUCUGCUAACAAAGAACAUGUCCAAGAAGCAUCUAGAUAUCAUCAAGUUCAAAUUCUUGCUGCCAGAGAGAGGGAAGAAGAAGAAGACGAAGACGGAGAAGAAGAAGAGAAAGAGGAAAAUUCAGAUGUUCCACCAGAAGAAUUUCGCCAAAUGAUAAAUGAUGAAACCGAUGGGGAAGUGUCAAUCGGGACUGAGAUUCCUGAUUUGGAUCAAGCAGAUGAGGUUCAAUGUCAUGAAACACCAACUUCAUAUAUACUUCCUACUGGCGAAGAUCAAGAAACAGAAGUAGAAUUGAAGACAUUAUCGGUUGAUCUGAGUGGACAUGUUGUGAUGAACAACCAGUCGUUGAUAUGUUCCGACUUGGAUGAGAAUGAAGAAGAUAAAGUCCCUGAUACGCCGACUUCUCAAGAUGGAAUUGUUGUUAGCGAUUUAGAAAGCGGAGAUACAGCUUCAACGAUUGAACAUCUGAAAUCAGCACUUAGAGCUGAAAGGAAGGCUUUACAUUCUUUGUACACGGAGUUGGAAGAAGAGAGAAGCGCUUCCGCUGUGGCUACAAGUCAGACGAUGGCUAUGAUCAAUAGGCUUCAAGAAGAGAAAGCGGCGAUGCAGAUGGAAGCAUUGCAGUAUCAAAGAAUGAUGGAAGAACAAUCGGAGUACGAUCAAGAAGCUUUGCAGCUAAUGAACGAGCUCAUGGUUAAGCGAGAGAAGGAAAAGCAAGAGAUAGAGAAAGAAUUGGAAGCGUAUAGAAAGAGAUUAUUGGAUUACGAGGCGAAGGAGAAGAUGAUGAGAAUGUUGAAGAGAAGUAAAGACAGUAGCACGAGAAGUGUAUUCUCCUCGGCCUCUUGCAGCAAUGCUGAGGACAGCGAUGAACUUUCUAUCGAUCUGAAUCAAGAAACAAAGGAAGACGAUAGCUUUUACUAUCACCAAGAAGGCUUGAAUAAUACUACACCUGUCGAUGCAGUUAUGAAUUUGGAGGAAUCAUUGGCUGAUUUCGAGGAAGAGAGAAUGGCGAUUCUUGAGCAGCUAAAGCUUUUAGAAGAAAAGCUUAUCACCUUGGACGAUGAAGAUGCAAAACAUCUCGAGGAUGUUAGGCCGAUGGAAGAUUCAUAUCAAGAUAAUGACAAUCAUAUAGACGAAGAUUCUCAUUUCCACGGAGAAAUGAAUGGACAUGCCAACGGGUUCUAUCAAAUGAAUGGAAAACAUCAUCCCGAGAGAAGAAUAGUGAACAUAAAGGGAAAGAGACUUCUUCCACUGUUUGAUGCAACGAGCGAUGAAAAUGAAGAUGGGUACCAUUCCAAUGGGGUUCAUGACUCAUAUAUAAGAAACUUCGAUAUGGAAGAAGAGUUGGAUCAUCUCCACGAAAGGCUACAAGCGCUCGAGGCAGAUAGAGAGUUCCUAAAGAACUGCGUUAGCUCAUUGAAGAAAGGCGAUAAAGGGAUGGAUCUUCUACAAGAAAUCCUACAGCAUCUUCGUGAUCUAAGGAACGUUGAGCUUCGUGCAAGAAGCUUGAGUGAUAGUGUCAUAGUAUAGUCAACUUCUUGAUGCAUUAUCAUGCCAAACAAAGAUACAUGACCGCGAUCUCGGAGUACAUUGGCAGCUAUUUUACUGUAAAAGGGAACUCAAUGAGACAAGUUGAUCAAAAAAGAUCAGCAAAAGAAAUGGUCUAUGCAUUUUGGUUCUAAUAUUAGCUGACAAAAGUUUAUGAUAUGUGCUAAACUUUUGUCUCAAGCAUACAUAGUCAUAUUUUCAAAAGUUAAUCCAACAAAAUUUUUGUGGGGUUGGGUCAAAUAUCUCCACCUUUUUUGGGCAAAAAGGUGAGAUGUUGAAUGUAUGUGCUUGUAGUUUAGUUAUAGGGCGAAGAAUGUCUCGUAAAGUUGUUGUCACGUGAUCAGGAGGUCACGUGUUCAAGCCGUGGAAAGAUCUCUGGCAGAAAUGCAGGGUAAGGCUAUGUACCUCGGGCCCUGCGGAUAGCGGGAACUUUACGGUGUACUGCCCUUCUGUUUUUAUAGUUGUGACAACUAGGAGUAGAGAAAGAAGAAUUAUUUUUGAAUUUUUAAGGGGUAAGUAACUUCCUUUUUUCUUUUAUCUUUCAUCUUUUGCACCAUUUCAUUAUAUGAAGUUUGUUUAUUAUUUUGGUAAGGCAUAGUACUUGUCUUAGUUGUAUACAAGAUGUAUCCAUUUGUAAAGUAUAUAUGAAGUGAAGUGUUUUGUUUGUUUCA